CCGCAGUCACGGUCCUCUAUCAUUAUGCUGUUCCGCACAGGACACAUCCCGCUGCAUGGCUACCUCCACCGCAUAGGCAAGCGUGAUGACCCCGACUGUCCGCACUGCCCUGGUGUCAGAGAAGACGUUCGCCACUUCCUCUUUGAUUGCCCAAACUACCAACUCGCUCACCACUCCCUUUGGAAGACACUUCUCCGGGCAGCUACCAACCUC